AUGAUAUCUAAAGCUAUAACAUUUAAACAAUUAUAAGAAUUUGUAGACUCAAACGAUUAAAUUGAUACCUAGCUAGAACUAAAAUUAGAAAAUUAGAAACUAGAUGAUGCAUGUAUAUAAACGCUAUGUAAUAAAUUGUAUUACCUUACAAAUUUAACUAGAUUAAGUCUAAAUUUAAGGGAUAAUAAGAUUGGUAAAAAAGGAUCAUCUGUUUUGGGUGUAACAUUAAAAAAUUUGAAAAAUCUUGAAUUUCUUUCUCUAAUACUCUAAUAAAAUGAAAUAAAUGAUUAAGGAAUAUCAGAUAUAGCUACUGGAAUAAAAAACUGCAAAAAACUUUCAGUUUUAGACUUAGAUCUAAAAGCAAACUAUGUAAAUCAAAAAGGCGCUACUGCUUUAGGUACUAAAAUAGGUAGUUGCCCAAAUCUCUAGAGUUUGAAAUUAAAUCUUUCAUGGAAUAAUAUCUCACUUAAAGGCGGAAAGGAUUUGCUAGCUGGGCUUGGAAAAAAUGCUUCACUUAAAAAGUUAAUAUUUGAUUAUUCUUAAAAGGGAAUUUAAUAAUAUGGUUCUGAUGUAACUGGAAUAGGUUAAGGAUUAAGUUCAUGUAUUAAUCUUAUAACCUUCUAACUUAAUCUUCCACUUAAUAACAUUUCUGAUUAUCAUGCAAUAAACUUAGGUCUAGGAUUGAGUUAAUGUAUAAAUUUAGAAAAAUUGAUCAUUAAAUUAUACUAAAAUCAAAUAAAGGGGUAAGGAAUGAAUGAUCUAGUUAAAGGAAUAGCAAAGUGUACAUAACUCAAAGAUCUUUAACUAUAUAUGAGUUUUAAUAGUAUUGGUGAAUUAGGAGUAGAUGGUUUAGUUAAUGAAUUGAGUGCUUUUAAAUUUUUAUUAAAUUUGAAGCUUGAUUUUAUAAUGAAUGGCAUUAAUCAUGUAAGUAAAGCUAAAUUAAAAAGUAAAAUCUAUAAAAUGUAAAGAUUGGUCUCAUCAUAGAUAUGUUGUUGA